UUUUUUUUUUUUUAAUCCUCUAAUCCUCAUCCUUAUAUAAAAUGAGAACGUUUUAGGGUUGCUCUGAAGAUUCAAGAUGAUAUAGGUAAAGUGCCUGGGGGCAGAGUAGGUACACUAGAGAUAGUAGCUAGUGAUAUUGUCAGGGGCCGUGGAAGGAAUAAAAGGAUCUGCAGAAAAGUUCUGCUUUGUAGUUCCUGAAGUUGACUGCCAUCAGUGGAGAUACAGUGAAAGCAGCUGAAGAUGCAGGGCUGGCCUGGAGGCAGGGCUGGAGCUGUGGGCAGGGGAGUAUCCCAGUUGGCCUCCCUCCCCUGGUCCCUGCCCUGCCUGGAGAAAGAUGAUGACAUCGAAGAAGGAGAUCUUCCAGAGCACAAAAGACCCUCAGCACCUAUCGACUUCUCACAGAUCGAUCCAGGCAAGCCUGAAAGCAUACUGAAAAUGACGAAAAAAGGGAAGACUCUGAUGAUGUUCGUCACUGUCUCCGGAAGCCCCACUGAGAAGGAGAUGGAGGAAAUCACUAGCCUGUGGCAGGGCAGUCUUUUCAAUGCCAACUACGAUGUCCAGAGGUUUAUUGUGGGAUCCGACCGUGCUAUCUUCAUGCUUCGUGAUGGCAGCUAUGCCUGGGAGAUCAAAGACUUCUUGGUCAGUCAAGACAGGUGUGCUGAUGUAACUCUGGAGGGACAGGUAUACCCUGGCAAAGGAGGAGGAAGCAAAGAGAAAAAUAAAACCAAGCAAGAGAAGAGCAAAAAGAAGAAGGAGGGAGAUCCGAAGUCUCGGACUUCAAAGGAAGACAAUCGAGCUGGGAAUAAAAGAGAAGACCUGUAACGGGCAGCCGUGGUGCUCUGUGGAGGAGCAGUGGGACAGGGAGAGCUCUGCAGGACUCGUGAGGGUGGAGGCGGGCCUGGGAAGCCGUGCACCGGCUGACAUUCUAGUUGCUGUACAAAGGGUCUGCCACGUGACCAGUUUGUGCUCAGUGUAAGACUUACCAUUUAAAAGGCUUCAAGUGAAAAGACAGAAAUUUUCUAAUUAAUAUCAGACUCUGAGAAAUUAAUGUUUGCUACAGAAUCACUUUAAAUGGAAACUUGAGCGUGUUGCUUUUCCCCAUUUAAAUCUUGUGAGUCAGCGAUUAUAGUGGGGACUUCCUGCCCUGUGAACGGGCUGCUGGGCCCACUCUCUCUUCAUCGCACCUGCCUUGAUCAGAUGGCCUGCUGGGUCAGGGCUGCAUAUUUUAUACUGAGCAAAAGGAUACCAGAUUCUACUCAGACAAGCUUUCAAAACUCCUGACUUAAUUGGAUUCGACUCAACAUGCUACUAACAUCGUUUUCAUGAUCCUAUUACGAGGAGAGCAUGUCUAGGUGUGAAAUUAGCACAUGUGAUCAGAGCACUGCAGGGAACACUAAAAUCUAAAUAUACGAUCAGGAUGUGUAAACCCAAAAUCUGUGCCAAAAGUGCAGGCAACGGAAAAUCACUUGGGAAGCCUAAGUAUUCACUUUGCGUUUUGUUGACUUGAAUCCCUCUCGUCAGUUAAAGAGAGCUCUUGGUAUCUGGUAGGUUUUACAUGGUCUGUAAAGUCCAGGCUUGGUUCUACUUUGUUCCCUCAGUUAGGAAAAAAUAAUCCUGGCAUCGAGGGUUUAGAUGUUCCAUUUAAUGUGAUAGUUUUAAAGUGUAAAUAGGGAAUCAGCAGAGUCCUUUGCAGGGUGUGACAGAGGACUGGAUAACCUCAUUUAUUUCUAAACAUUUAUUUUUCUUUGAUGAAGUGCCUAAAAUUGUCAUUUUGUAUGGUACUAACCUGAUGUGCUACCUGUUGGUGUCUGAUUUUGCUGUGCACACAUUGGAGCCUACUCUGAGCAAGAGUCACGGAAUUUAUAUACCAGUGUCAUUUUUAAGAACUACAAUUGUUUGAAAAAAAUUUCAGUUGUGAUUUUAAAAAAUUAAAAAUAACACAUGUACAUGGGUAGACAAUUUGAACAGUAAAGAAUGAUACAAAGUGAAAAAUAAAUACGCCUACCCCACCCCCAGUCCUUUGUCCAGUGGAAACCACUGUUAACAAUUUCUUUCUUUUUUUUUUAAGGUACAUUUACCAGCUUCUAGUGAUGUGUGUUUCUUUGUUUUGGCCUUGCCACAUUAUUUCUUCUUAUUUUGGUAACUACCUGGACUUGAAGGAGCUCUGGUGGCAGUCUGCUUCCUUAAAGAUUACAGCCUUGGAAACCCUGUGGGGCAGUUCUACUCUGUCCCAUUAUGAGUUGGAAUUGACUUAACAGCAAUAGUUUUUUAUUUUACUCUGACUUGCUUUCGAUGAACUGCACCCUCUCCACUUUCAGUUCUGUGCUUUGGGUGGGAUAAUUGCCCUACAGCCCCUCAACCUUCAGGCCAGUCCUGUUCCAGGGCCCAGGCCUGUGUGAUCUAGCUCUAGGCUGAGGGCCGUUGGGCCCAGUUUGCUUGAGCCACCCCAGGGGGAGGCGUUCUUUGUUUCUCAUGUGAUAUCUCACACAGAUUGAACCUGGGAAGAUAGGAGGCUGGAGCUGCUGCAGCCGUUUUGCCCUCGAAAGAAGCACUGUCUGCAGAGCCAAGACAAGCAGGGAAGAGAGCCAGAGCCCUGGUGGUGUCAUUUAAAAACCCUGAGUCCAGCUAUGUCUGAAGCAAACCCAGGCCCUGGGCUUUUUCAGUUUCAGGACCCAGUGAACCUACUUUUCUAACUUGAGGUAAAUUUGUUGGUUUUCUGUAGCCACAGUGGUCCAGUAUAGAGCAACUGUCCUGACUGGUCAGGUGUUUUCAUUAAACAAAAAGGAGCAGACCCUCCACACUGCCCAGUACCUUCUGUUCCCACUUAGAAAUCUGUCUGUAUCAGGAUGUACACAUCUACCUCAUUGCUUCCUAUAGACUGUGCAGUCACUUCAGCCAGUAAUACUGAGUGUCUGUUAUGGGCCAGGUACUAUUGGGUGUCAAGGAUGGUGUAGAUAGAGACCUUGCCCUCGUGAAACUCGGUGAUUUGGUAGAGGAAGACAAGUGUUAAACACAGAAAAAGUAAAAUGGCAUUGGUAGAAGUAUGAAAGAUGUACGUAGUGCUGUGAGAAUACAUUGUGGAGCUGGGUAGAAGGUGUCUUAUCUUGAGGUGGUCAGAGAGGACAGGAGGAAGAGAAAGAAGGGAGUGAUCCAGGCAGAGGGAACAGUCCAUGCAAAGGCCCUGAGACUAGAAGUAGAGUUAGGAACGGCAAGAAGGCCGGUGAGUAGGCAGUCCAGGUCUGGGCUGGAAAGGUAACUAGGUACAGGGGGUUUUGAAGCAUCCUAAGGAACUGGGGACAUCCUGAAGGAUUUUAAGCUGUGGUGGGGUCGGGGGCAAGUAACAAUCUGGUUUGUACUGGCUGCAGUGAAGAAUUAAUUAGAAAGGGGCACCCCAAACCCGUUGACAUUGAGUCAGUUCUGACUCAGCGACCCUAUAGGACAGAGUAGAACUGCCCCCAUAGGGAUUCGUAGGCCAUAAAUCUUUAUGGAAGCCAACUGCCACAUCUUUCUCCCACGGAGCAGUUGGUAGGUUCAAACCACUGACCUAUCAGCCGAGCACUUAACCACUGCGCCACCAGGGCUCCCUAAAAGGGGCACCAGUGGGUGUGAAAAAGUUGAGAGUAUUUCAGUGGUUGACAGUGGUCCAGAUUAGCAAGAAAGUGGUGAGGUGUGAACCACAGCUUACCGGCACAGUCUGCCGAUGGACACUCGAGUUUUCAGGUUUUGUGCUAGCACAUAAUGCUGCAGUGGACGCUUCUGAACACGUCUUGCUAAACUUUUGUUUAUAUCUGAAGGGUCAGUUCUUAGCCGUGUGAAUUGCUGGACCAAACAGAAAAGGAAACAUCUCGGUAUGUAUUGCCGUCUCAAAUGGUGGUGCCAGUUGACACUCUUGCCGUGAUUUCCUCAGACCCUUGCCAGCCCUGAGCAUCACGCUUGCCUAUUGAAUAGACUAAAAAUCCUCAUCCUAACUGGCUACUGGAGAGACCAGUUAAAGCUAGAGAUGCCUAGAGAGCCCCAGCUGUUCCAUCCCCAGCUGUGAGUCUUCCCAGCACCAGUGAGUGCGGACACACAGUGAGUGAGUUUUCCAAGGCUCCCAGCCUUCAGGCCUCUCCGCAGACACCAAGGGAACAGAGAUGAGCUGUCCCGCAGAGCCCUGCCCAGUUUGCAGAUUCAUGAACGAAAGGAAUGUCAUGGGUUAAGCCAGAAAAUAAAAAUUUAUACAUACACACAACUUUCAUUUAUUUUCACUGUCUUAACGUCUAUUGAUUGAAUAAAUUUAGAUGGUAUCUUUGACUAUCAGUUAUGAAAUGGAAGAACUUUAUCACAUAUACACAUCCUUCCACUUCCCUUCACUCUUGUACUCGCUGGUUUUGAUGGUUAUGCUGUAGUUUUUAGUACAUCUGGUGGAUUCCUUUAUAAUGUUAAACCUUUUUUUUUAAAAUUAAACCAACUUAACUAUUAUUACUUAAAAGAGUCCUGGUGACGCAGUGGUUAAGCACUCAGCUGGUAACCGAAAGGCCAGCAGUUCGACCCCACCAGCCACUCCGUUGGAGAAAGAUGUGGCAGUCUGCUU